GCAGAGAAGGGGUUUAAGUCGGGGGUUUUAACGCUAUCAAGCUUCGAGCUCUCCAACCCUAUAUCAAUUCAGUUCAAGAAGAGACUUUACCAUGGCCACGCCGUUGCAUGCUGUGGGGGUCAAGUCACUGAACAAAUCCCCCGGUCGCCGCCGCUUCGUUUUCAAGACUUUCUCCCAGAGAAUAGAAGAAGUUGAGAUUGAUGUAUAUCGAAGCCUUGAUAAAAUUAAGCCUGAGCCAUCUGAGGGUUCUUCUUUUUUCCGGGAUUACCUCGUAGAAUGGAGGGAGUUGAAUACUGCAGAGGACUUCAUCUCGUUUUAUGAGAAGAUGAUGCCCUUGGUACAGACAUUACCUUUAGUGCUAUUACACAAAGAAUCAAUUUUGUCAGAACUUCUUUCUAGAUUGCAAUUGAAAGCACGGCUGUCGCUUGAGCCUAUUCUUCGGUUAACUGCAAGUCUAUCUAGAGAUCUGUUAGAGGAUUUCAUCUCCUUUUUGCCUAGGAUUGCUGAUUCAUUUUACUCUCUUCUCAAAAGCGGUGCUGAUAGGGAGCCAGAGAUCAUUGAGCAGAUUUUUAAAUCAUGGUCUCAUAUUCUGAUGUAUUUGCAAAAAUAUCUUGUGAAGGAUGUUGUACAUGUGCUCAAGGUGACAAUAAAAUUAAGAUACUACCCAGAGUGGUACAUACAAGAAUUUAUGGCGGACGCAACAUCAUUCUUGCUAAGAAAUGCUCCUAAAGAGCAACUUAGAAAAGGCAUUAGAAAGAUCAUGUUUGAAAUAGUGAAUAAACCAUUGCCUGCUCGAAAAUCUGGAGUCAUUGUUUUACUUUAUCAUAUUAUGAGAGGGCCCUCAUCGAAAUUUCAUUCAAGAGCAGAUUGGGUAUUGCAGCUAUUGACGGAAAAUUCUACAUUUAAUAUUGGUGGUGAUAAGUUCAACCAAGGCGUGGACACAGUUAUUGAAGUUCUCACUGCUACCUUUAAAAGAUUAUGUGAAGAUCUAGAACCAAAAGAGUUAAAUUUGAUGUGGAAUUGCUUAUAUAACAGAAUAGAUGACUCUGUAAAUGAUGAAGACUACCGGCAUCUAAGUUGCCUUUUGUCACUGCUUAUAUCAACUGUCCAGAUCAAUAAUGGGAUGAAAAUUUCUGAUUACCAGCCAAUGAUUGAACGAGUAAGGUCAUUUGUUCAGAAGUUUAUUGUCCCUUCUAGCAUUGUGGUGGGACAAGACAAUUCUGAAAUUGUUGACAAGAUUCUGCAGUUAAUGCUAUGCAUUCUUGAUGGGCUCAAAAGUUUCAAUGACAUGUCUACUAUCUCCAGCUGUUUGUUGCAGUGGACUCCAGUUUUUGCAUUGAGGAACUCAAGUGUUUUGACAUUUAUUAGGGAACUGCUGGAAAAGGACCCAUACAUAAUACACGCGUCCAGAGUUAAUAUUUUAAGCGCAAUGAAUGAUUUAAUAGAAACUUCACAGGACGAAGUUGUAUAUCUGAUUUGUUCAUUGUGUGAGAGACUGCAAAAGAAUUCUCUAAUUUCUAGCUUCCUAGAUGGAACAUCUACAGAAGGUCUUUCACGAAUUCAUGGUUUUCUCCAGGGGGCCAUCUGCUCCUGGAUUGGGGUGAUCAAUGAUAUUAGUCAUGGUAAUCUAGCAUCAACCAGUACUGAUGAGGGCAAGUUGGCUCUGCUCUGGGGAAUCAUCUGUUGCUAUCCUCAUAUGAUAGAUGUGCGAGCAAGGCCAUCCUCGCUAACGGAUUUAAUAGAUGCACUUGAUUGCCUUUUGAUGAUUGAAGAUGAAAGUAUUGCUGGUGUUUCUAAGCAUACUUGGCAAAGCCUGUUGGGGGCUGCUAUAAGUUCUUAUUACAAACUUGGCAAUAUAUGUGGGCUAGAAGAAACAAGAAAAAUUUUGCAUCUUGCAAAGACAUACAAAUCAUCCUCGCAUGUGUUAUCUGCUGUUGCUGAUUAUUUGGACUCUGUGUAUGGGCCAAUAAUGGAGGCAGACAGCCACUGCAAAUCUUAUCUUCCUGAGUUUGAAACAGAGAAGGCUGUGGAUGCAUUAGGCAUUUUUGCUGAUAAUUUGUGCAACUCAGAUAAGGCAAUUCGUGUUGCAACCCUAAGAAUUUUGUGCCACUGUGAAUGUCAUGAAUGUAAAAUGUCUGCCAAUGAUCAGCCGCCUGAGAAUAUAAUGAAAACAGAAGGUUAUCAGACUCACCCUGCAGAAAGUCAUGGGUCUUAUGGUGUUAACGUUCUUCAGCUCCUCCUCUCAAUUGAAGCAACUCCUCUUUCAAUUUCUACAAGCAGGAAAGUUAUUCUGUUAAUAUCUAGAAUACAGAUGGCCAUAUCUGCUGGAAAGAUAUCUGAAACUUAUAUGCCCAUACUUUUGAGUGGAAUAAUUGGCAUUUUCUAUAACCGUUUCAGUUAUCUAUGGAAUCCUGCAUCUGAGUGCCUUGCUAUUCUGAUUAGGGAAAAUGUUGCACUUGUAUGGGGCAAAUUUGUUCAUUAUUUUGAAGAAUGCCUAUCUACAUUUCAUUCACCUCAUAAUAAGCCUGAUGGACAAAGUGCUGAAGUGCCGUACAAUUCCUGUGACUUGGUUGAGCGUUUUACUUCAUUUGCUGCUCCUACAUCUGAUAGCACACCCUAUGCAACUGUUCUAUCCUCAUUACUACAGUCUUUACAAAAAAUUCCUUCUGUUGCUGAAUCUCGAUCUCGACAAAUUGUACCUCUGUUCUUGAAGUUUUUGGGCUACAACAAUGAAGAUCUUCUCAGUGUGGGUUCAUUCAAUUCAGAUGCUUGCAAAGGCAAGGAAUGGAGAGGUGUCCUAAAAGAAUGGUUAAGCCUGUUUAAACUCAUGCGGAACCCUAGGGCCUUCUAUAGGAGCCAAUCUUUAAAAGAUGUUCUGCUAAUCAGGUUUAUGGAUGAAAAUGAUGCUGAAAUACAGAUGAGGGUUCUUGACUGCCUCUUAACUUGGAAAGAUGAUUUUUUAAUCCCAUAUGAACAGCAUCUGAGAAACUUGAUCAGUUCAAAAAAUUUGAGAGAAGAACUAACAACGUGGAGUUUGAGCAGAGAAUCUUUUCUUAUUGAAGAAGAGCACAGAGCUAAUCUUGUGCCUAUAAUUAUCCUUAUUCUGGUACCAAAAGUGAGAAAACUGAAGAUACUUGCCUCUAGGAAGCAUACAAGUUUACAUCAUCGGAAGGCAGUUCUUCGAUUCAUAGCUCAACUUGAUGUCAAUGAGAUUCCUCUUUUCUUUGCAUCGUUAAUAAAGCCCUUGCAUGAUAUUUCAAAGGAAGCUGAUAGUACCACAAAUAUAUUUUGGACAUUACCUAAAAAUUCUGUGGAUGGACUUCAACCAUCAAAUAUUUUGAAGUACUUCACCUUGGAAAAUAUCAUGGCACUGUCUUGGAAGAAGAAAUAUGGUUUUCUGCAUGUCAUUGAAGAUAUCCUUGGAAGUUUUGAUGAAUUACAUAUCAGACCUUUUCUGGAUCUGUUAAUGGGAUGUGUUGUUAGGGUGCUGCAAAGCUGCAUUUCAAGUCUCGACCCUGCAAAGGGCACUGGAUCUUCUAUAAGCAAAAGUCAUUCUUUUGUCAGCCUUGAACUGCGUAAUGAAGACAGUACUGCCGUAAAUCAUGCACUGACCAGCUCAACGCUGAAGCAGUUCAAGGAUUUGAGGUCUUUGUGUCUGAAAAUUGUGUCCCUUGUUAUCAAUAAGUAUGAUGAUCAUGAUUUUGAUUGCGUAUUCUGGGGCAUGUUCUUUGCAUCAGUAAAACCUUUAAUUGACGGUUUCAAGCUGGAGGGUUCCAGUAGUGAGAAACCAAGUUCACUAUUCUCAUGCUUUUUGGCUAUGAGUAGCAGUCGCCACCUUGUACCGCUAUUGUCUAGGGAAACGAAUCUGGUUCCUGAUAUUUUCUCGAUUCUAACUGUCACUACUGCUUCCAAGGCUAUUAUAUCUUGCGUUCUCAAGUUCAUUGAGAACCUGCUGAAUCUCAAUGAAGAGUUGGAUGAUGAAGACAAUUCAGUGAAGAAGGUUCUAUUUCCAAACCUUGACAAACUUAUCAGUAGCUUGCACUGUCUGUUUCAGGAUGAUACUGCAAACAAGAGGAAAUUGGCCAAAUAUCUUGGGGAGACGCAUACUAGAAUUUUCAAAUUGUUGUCGAAGUAUAUACAAGAUCAAUUACAGUCAAGGAAGUUUUUGGAUAUCUUGCUUCCACUGAUAGCAACAAGACGUGAAGAUUCUGGUGUCUUUGUUGAAUGCUUGCAAAUUAUUCGAGACAUAAUACCUGUAUUAGGAAAUGAGUGUACUACCAAAAUUCUGAAUGUUAUCUCUCCACAUCUUAUUUCUGUUGAGCUGGAUAUGCGGUUGAACAUCUGUGAUCUGCUUUAUGCUCUUGCUAAAAUUGAUCCUUCUGUACUCUCAGUGGCAAGCCUUCUUCGUGACUUGAAUGCAACCUCUGCAAUUGAAUUGACUGGCCUUGAUUAUGACACCAUAAUCAGUGCAUAUGAAAAGAUAGAUGUUGAUUUAUUCUAUACCAUCCAAGAAGAUCAUGCAUUAGUUCUCUUGUCACAUUUUGUGUAUGAUAUGACAUCAGAAGAAUUAAUUCUAAGGAAUAGUGCUUACAGGUCAUUGCUUUCUUUUGUUGAAUUUUGUGCCUUAAUUCUUGAUGGAGGGGUUAAGAGUCGAUACGAAAUCCAUCAAGAGAUCACAACAGGCAGCAAGUGUUGUUGGACAAAAGCAUGUGUUCGGCGCAUAAUAAACAAGUUUCUUUUGAAGCAUAUGGGGAACAAAAUGAAGGAGGGAGGUUCUGUUAGGAAGGAAUGGAUUGAGUUAUUACGAGAUAUGGUGUUGAAGCUUCCAGAGGUGGAAAAUCUCAAUUCCUUCAAAGUGCUGUGCUCUGAGGAUGCUGAGCAAGAUUUUUUCAACAAUAUUAUUCACUUGCAGAAGCAUAGAAGGGCAAGGGCAGUUUUACGCUUUAGUAAUAUUAUCAGUAAAAGUAAGAUGUCGGAGGAUAUCAUGAAUAAAGUGUUUGUUCCACUCUUGUUUAGUAUGUUGUUUGAUGAACAAGGUGGAAAGGGAGAACAUGUUAAAACUGCAUGCAUUGAAGCUCUUGCUUCAAUAUCUGCUCAGAUGGAAUGGAAGUCUUAUUAUGCCUUAUUGAUUAGAUGCUUUCGAGAAAUGAAGAUAAAUCUGGACAAGCAGAAGAUUGUAGUGCGGCUUAUUUGCUCUAUAUUGGACCAGUUCCAUUUUUCACAAAAUUGUUUCAGUCUAGAAAACAAAGACUCUGCAGAUAGCAUUGUAGGCUCUGAUAGCACUGAAACAGGUUCUUUCGCUACAUUUCACAAAUGUGGUGGUAAUUCUUCAGCUAUGCUGCCUAAAGGUAGUUGUUCCGUAAUAGCCACUGAAGUACAGGCAUGUCUUCAGAAAACUGUGCUCCCUAAGAUGCGAAAAUUACUGGAUUGUGAUUCUGAUAAGGUCAAUGUUAACAUCAAUGUAGCUGCACUGAAAGUACUGAAGUUGCUUCCAAUGGACAUAAUGGACUCGCAACUUCCAAGUAUCAUUCAUCGCAUUGCAAACAAUUUAAAGAGCCGUAUGGAAAGCAUCCGUGAUGAAGCUAGGUUUGCUUUGGCUGCUUGUUUAAAGGAGCUUGGCCUGGAAUAUUUGCAGUUUAUAGUCGGGGUUUUGCGAGCUACCUUGAAGCGAGGAUAUGAGCUCCAUGUGUUGGGCUAUAGUCUCCAUUUUAUUUUGUUGAAGUUUCUUUCAAAUCCUAAGUGUGGGACGUUGGAUUAUUGUUUGGAAGACCUCCUUUCUGUGGUAGAGAAUGAUAUUCUUGGAGAUGUUGCUGAGGAGAAAGAAGUAGAAAAAAUUGCUUCUAAAAUGAAAGAAACUAGGAAGCUGAAGUCCUUUGAAACCUUGAAAAUAAUUUCCCAAAGCAUAACAUUCAAAACCCAUGGCUUGAAAUUACUUUCACCAGUUAAAGCUCGCCUGCAGAAGCAUCUAACACCCAAAGUGAAAACCAAAUUGGAAAGUAUGUUAAAUCACAUAUCGGCUGGUAUUGAAAGUAAUCCAUCAGUUGAUCAGACUGAUCUAUUUAUUUUUAUAUAUGGGUUUAUUGAAGAUGGGAUCAAUCAUGAGGAUGGUCAAGGUGAGAAUUCUUCUGGUACAGAGAUGAUGCCUCGCCACAGACGAGAGGUUAAUGAGAAAACAAUUUCUGCAGGCAGAGAUAAUGGAACUAAAUCUGUGUGCUCUCAUCUCAUUACUGUUUUUGCUCUUGGGCUAUUCCACAACCGCAUGAAGAGUGUGAAAUUGGAUAAAAAUAAUGAAGAACUUCUAUCAAUGUUGGAUCCCUUUGUUAAACUGCUUGGUGACUGCUUGAGUUCUAGGUAUGAAGACAUUUUGUCUGCAUCCCUUAAAUGCCUUACACAACUUGUGAGGCUACCUCUGCCAUCCCUUGCAUCUCAGACAGAUAAAAUAAAGGUGACAUUACUGAGUAUUGCCCAAAGUUCUGUGAACUCCAACAAUUCUCUGAUGCAAUCAUGUCUAAAAAUGUUAACUGUGCUCCUGCGAAGUACUAAGAUUACCCUUUCCUCAGAACAACUGCAUCUGCUAAUUCAGUUUCCACUGUUCAUUGAUCUUGAGCGGAAUCCCUCUUUUGUGGCCCUCUCACUUCUAAAAGCAGUUGUUAAUCGCAAGCUGGUUGUUCCUGAGAUAUAUGAUGUUAUGAUGCAUAUUGCAGAGCUAAUGGUUACAAGCCAAGUGGAUUCAAUUCGCAAGAAAUGCAGUCAGAUUAUGUUGCAAUUUUUACUAGAUUAUCAUCUUUCUGGAAAAUAUUUACAACAACAUUUAGAUUUUCUGCUGAGGAAUUUGAGUUAUGAGUAUUCAACUGGAAGAGAAUCUGUACUUGAAAUGCUCCAUGCUAUAAUAGUCAAAUUUCCCAGGAACUUUCUGGAUAAACAUGCACAAACAAUAUUUAUCCAUUUGGUGCAAUGUUUAGUCAAUGACCGUGAUAAUAAAGUCCGUUCCAUGACCGGUACAGUUUUAAAGCUUUUGAUUGGACGUGCAAGUCCUCAUUUGCUAGAUUCCAUGUUUGACUUUAGUCUAUCUUGGUAUAUGGAUGAAAAGCGGCAAGUCCAGAGCACUGGUGCACAGGUACUGGGAUUAUUGGUUGAGGUCAUGAAUAAAAGCUUUCAAAAGCAUAUCAGCAGUAUAUUGCCUGUGAGCAAAACCAUUUUGCAGGCUGCUGUGGGUGUUGCCAGUGAGAGUCCAGCGCUAGAUCUUCAUGAUGAAGCUGUUCCUCUCUGGAAAGAGGCAUAUUAUUCGUUAGUUUUGUUGGAGAAGAUUCUACAUCAUUUUCAUGAUCUCAGCUUUGAAAAGGAUUUUGAGGAUAUAUGGGAAGCAGUAUGUGAGUUGCUCUUACACCCACACCCAUGGUUACGCAACAUAUCAAGUCGCCUUGUGGCAAUUUACUAUGCUACUGUGACUAAGGCCAGCAAAGAGAGUCAUGAAAAAGCAUUGGGAACAUUUUUCCUUAUGAGGCCACAUAGGCUUUUUAUGAUAGCUGUUUCCCUUUGCUGCCAGCUAAAAACACAAGUCAUUGAUAACGCUGUUGAAAACCUGAUUACACAGAAUCUUGUCUUUACAAUUUCUGCUAUUCAUUCUCUGAUGGGAAAAGUGGAAUCUGUGGAUCCUUCUACUUUCUGGUCUACGCUUGAACAGCAUGAACAAGGCCAAUUUCUUAAAGCCUUUCAGUUGCUUGAUGCAAGAAAAGGAAAAGACAUCUUUUUAAAAGUUAUAUCUGGUGUCCAUGACCAAGAUUAUGGAGACCGUUGUGAGAAUCUCCAAUAUUUGCUCCUCUCUAAUUUGAUUAAAAAAAUGGGGAAAAUUGCUCUUCAAAAGGAGGCUAUUCAGAUGAAAAUCAUCUUCAAUACUUUUGGAAAGAUUUCUUUACAAAUAGAACAGGACAAGUUACAGAAGCAUGCAUUUGACAUGCUGUUACCGUUGUAUAAAGUUUGUGAAGGAUUUGCUGGGAAAGUUGUCACUGAUGAAUUGAAGCUGCUAGCGGAAGAGGUUUGCAAAAGUAUGCGGAAUGCUUUGGGCAUCCACAAUUUUGUACAGGUUUAUAGUGAGAUGAGGAGAAGUAUCAAGGUGAAGAGAGAAAAGAGGAAGCGAGAGGAAAAGGUCAUGGCUGUUGUGAACCCAAUGCGGAAUGCUAAGAGGAAGCUACGGAUUGCAGCGAAGCAUCGUGCACACAAGAGAAGGAAGAUAAUGACAAUGAAAAUGGGAAGAUGGAUGCAUUAAAAAUGAAAAAAUGUUGUCACCCAGUCAUUCAAUUAAGAACAGCUGGUAUUGCAAUUGCAUUUCUAAAUGUGCCAUUGAUUCGAUUGGUUAAUUUCCUGGCAACCCUUCUCUGUGUUCCUCACCUAUUGCCGGUGGUCGUCUUCUAGCAGAGUUGUUGUGAAGUUUGUCGCUAAUGAAGUUGAUGGUGAACACGGGAGACCAUAGGAGAUCAAAAUAGGGGAAUUUUUAACGAUGGUUGAAUGCAAUAGAAUAGGAACUGAUUAGGCUAUUAUUGAGCCUUCAAAAUUGUAUAAUAGGCAGGGUUCAUUUAAAGGAUACAUACUAAAAUAUCAAGUGUGUAUAAUUUUAAGUAGUGUAUUUUAAAUUACUAGUAUUUUUUGAAAUUUCAUAAUCCAAUUACGAUGCAGCUGUAA